CCCACGGCGUGACGUAAGCACGGCAGCUCCGCCCCCUGCGUCUCUGGCCUCGCCAGCCCUCGGGGGGGAUGGUUCCAUCAUGGCGUCAAUGCAGAAACGACUGCAGAAAGAACUGUUGGCUUUGCAAAAUGAUCCACCUCCCGGGAUGACUUUAAAUGAAAAGAGUGUUCAAAAUUCAAUUACACAGUGGAUUGUAGACAUGGAAGGUGCACCAGGUACCUUAUAUGAAGGGGAAAAAUUUCAACUUCUAUUUAAGUUUAGUAGUCGAUAUCCUUUUGACUCUCCUCAGGUCAUGUUUACUGGUGAAAAUAUUCCUGUUCAUCCUCAUGUUUAUAGCAAUGGUCAUAUCUGUUUAUCCAUUCUAACAGAAGACUGGUCCCCAGCGCUCUCAGUCCAAUCAGUUUGUCUUAGCAUUAUUAGCAUGCUUUCCAGCUGCAAAGAAAAGAGACGACCACCAGAUAAUUCUUUUUAUGUUCGAACAUGUAACAAGAAUCCAAAGAAAACAAAAUGGUGGUAUCAUGAUGAUACUUGUUGAUGCCACUGUUCUCCUCCUCCUAGCAGAAGAUAGUCCUACUGAGAAAUGAGCACUUUGAUCAUUCAGUCUUUGAACUUUAACCUUUGACUGGAAGUGACAUAUAGGCAAUGAAGACUACUUCCUUUUACUGCAUUUCUACUCGUGUGCGUUCUGGGCGCAUGUUGAUCGCUGGUUCAAUCCAGGCAACUGACAUGCUUUUAUUAGUCAUACGGUAUUAAUGCAGGUGUCAGGAAAUGUCAAAGAUAAUUCCAUUUUUUAUUUUUAUUUUUUUAAGCUUUUGGAAAAGUUCCAGGUCCUCAUGUAUUGUGCAAUAACAAUGACUUCCUUGGCGGUUUGGGGACGUUCAUUGCCGGCAAUGGACGUCGUAACAGGAAAAAUUUUCAUUAACUCCUGCCACCCAGUGAUUAAUGCAUGAUAGGGCCUAUGAAAUGAACUGACCUGUUAUAGUGGGAUUGUAAUAACGUGAGGGAUCCAACAUUACUUUGCAAGUCACCCCAACUGUUCGUAUUUGGAUUCUAUGCACUGUGAUCCUGAGGGUAACAGCAUGAACUGACAUGCAUCUUUAAAGGACUGUAAUGAAAGAUCAUUGCGUAUUUAUUGAAUUGUUCAUAUCUGCUGUCAAAUUGUUUUGACAUGGAAGAUUUUCAAGUAACAUUGGCAGAAAGGUACAAUAUGUUAUCCCUAUGGUGAAAAUAAAUCCUUUGGUUGUAUAUAGUUCCUCAGUCUCUGAAGUAAAGGUAUGAGUAAUAGAGGGUAUGAAUGGUUUAAUCAAGGCUUUAUUUUGGAAGUAAGAAAAAUGGCAGUGAUGAUUAAACUGCUGCAGUCCAUAAUUUGGGAUUGUUAUUUGUACAUUAACGAUUUUUCCAAGUAGACUACAUUCUGUUACUUCCUGCUAGCCAUCAGCAUGAGCCCUACUGCCUAAACACUAUUUCGUUUAUUUAUGUUUGGAAAACCCAUAAACAUUUUUGUUUGCAAUUUUGUUUCUUUUGUUAUGUCUUAAGUCAAGUUUGAAUGUUACAAUACUUUAAUUGAAAAACUUUUGUCAAGUUUUUUCUUGUAAAUUUUCUUUACUUGUAAGUAUCAUCUUGUCCUUCAAUCCUGUACCCUAAAAUAAGAAAUACAUUUUUGACAGAGGCUUAAUGUUUUAA